AACUAAACUCUGAAAUGUGUAUGCACCUUUGUAAACAUAUGGAGUAGCUUUUCAAUUAAUUACAUUAUAUUAUUAGCAGUAUUAACUACUGCAACGUAAUAUCAAUUAAAAAAAAUUAGUAGUAAUUAUUAUUUAUAUAAUAUUCAUAUUAUUAUAUAUGAAAGCCGAUACUUAUAUAGAUUGAAAAGAGAGUGUUUUUACUUCUCUCAUUUUCACGGGUGAGCACCCUGUAGUGAUUGGAUCCAUACUUCCACUCCAUUUUUUCUCUCUCUAUAAUUUUUCUUUCUCUCUCUAAACAAUCCAAACCCACUUUGGUAAAAUUCUGAAUUUGUUUUGAAUGUGAGAAAAUAGUGGGAGCUGAAAUUCAGGUACAAGAAGGAGGAGACAAUUCUUGAUUUCUGAGAAAUUUGAGAAUUUUGAUACAAAGUUGAAGCCUUUUUAGCUAUUUAGAAACUGCGUUUCUUUUAUUUUUUUCAUUAAGGUUGGAACAUGUCAAGGCCACUCCAUAGAGGUGUGUCAGUUGGGGGGAGGUUAUCAGUUAAUGGCCCUGAUUUCUGGGAUGAUUCUCAAAUGAAAGAUAAAGUAGAAAAGGAAGAUUUGGAGCGUAAUCGAUCACCUGGUGAUCAGACUUAUUUGUCUACCAAAUUCCUUUGCCGGGUUUUGUUUCCUGAUAAUUCUCCAUCGAAACAUAGUUUGGGUGAAAAUGGCUUAAUUUCUGAUCCUUUUAGCCCUGGAGCAGGACGAAAUCGACUUAAGUAUGCUUUGCUAUUGAUCAGGCUAAGCUUAGUUUUCAUAAUAAUUCUUGCUCUUACGGGAUCCUUUUGGUGGACAAUAUCGAUAACCUCCUCAUCGAGAGGUCAAAUAUACCAUGGAUACAGAAAACUUCAGGAGCAAGUAGUAUCGGAUUUGAGGGAUAUAGGACAGCUCUCUCUUGGUGCUGCAAAUGUGAAGGAUGUGGAAUAUUGUCCUCCUGAAUCUGAGAAUUUUAUUCCAUGUUUCAAUGUGUCGGAAAAUCUUGACUUGGGCCUUUCUAAAGGCGAGGAGGUUGACCGGUACUGUGGACCUGGUUCAAGACAAAAUUGUUUGGUACUUCCCCCUGUUAAUUACAAGACUCCUCUAAGAUGGCCUACCGGUAGAGAUGUCAUUUGGCAUGCUAAUGUUAAUAUUACUGCACAAGAGGUACUCUCCUCUGGAAGUUUGACAAAAAGGUUGAUGAUGUUGGAGGAAGAACAGAUUUCCUUUCGUUCAGACUCUGCGAUGUUUGACAGCAUUGAAGACUACUCACAUCAAAUAGCAGAAAUGAUUGAGCUACGGAAUGAAUCAAACUUUGUACAAGCUGGAGUUCGAACUAUCUUGGAUAUUGGAUGUGGUUAUGGCAGUUUCGGGGCACAUCUUUUUUCUAGCCAACUGUUGACCAUGUGUGUUGCAAACUAUGAAGCUUCAGGCAGUCAAGUUCAGCUAACACUUGAAAGAGGUCUUCCUGCAAUGAUUGGAUCAUUUAAUUCAAAGCAGUUGCCUUAUCCAUCUCUUUCCUUUGAUAUGAUACAUUGUGCAGAAUGUCAUGUUGACUGGGAUCAGAAAGACGGCAUUCUUCUUGUUGAAGUUGAUCGAUUAUUAAGGCCUGGUGGAUAUUUUGUCUGGACUUCAACUGUUACAAAUACUCAGCGCUCCGUCCGCAACAAAGUGAGUCUGAAAAAAUGGAACUUUGUCCGGAAUUUUGCUGAAAGCAUGUGCUGGGAGCUGUCGGCACAACAAGAUGAAACUGUUGUAUGGAAAAAGACAAGUUUAAAGAAAUGUUAUGUUGCAAGGAGACCAGGUGUUGGACCUUCUCUCUGCAGUAAGGGACAGGACAUUGAAUCCCCGUAUUAUCGACCUCUACAAGCUUGCAUUGCUGGAACGCAAAGCCGCCGGUGGAUUCCUAUUGAGGAAAGGACAAAGUGGCCUUCUAGGGCUAAAUUAAACUCCAGCGAACUUAAGAUUCAUGGUUUGUCAUCUGAAGCUCUUGCUGAGGAUUCCCUCAACUGGAAUUCAGCAGUUAACAAUUAUUGGUCACUUCUUUCACCUUUAAUAUUUUCUGAUCACCCAAAGCGACCUGGUGAUGAUGAUCCUUCUCCUCCCUAUAAUAUGCUUAGAAAUGUGUUGGACAUGAAUGCCCAUUUUGGUGGUCUGAAUGCUGCUCUACUGGAUGCUAGAAAGUCAGUGUGGGUCAUGAACGUGAUUCCCACUAGUGGGCCUAAUUAUCUUCCCCUAAUUCUCGACAGAGGAUUUGUUGGAGUUCUGCACGAUUGGUGUGAGGCAUUUCCGACAUAUCCAAGAACUUACGAUCUGAUACAUGCUAAUGGACUUCUGUCGCUGGAAUUCGGUCAACAUAGCAGAUGUCCGAUGUUUGAUUUGUUUAUUGAGAUGGAUCGUGUUCUUCGUCCAGAGGGCUGGGUGAUUAUACGGGACACUGUCCCUCUUAUUGAGUUAGCAAGAGCUCAUGCAGCAAGAUUGAAAUGGGACGCAAGAGUUGUAGAGGUAGAAAGCAGUGACGAGAAGCUACUAAUUUGCCAGAAACCAUUUUCAAGAAGACAAGCAAGCUAAAAAUGGGCAAAGGAUCUCAAGGUUGUAGAUGAUAGUAGUCAAUUAUUUGUUGGAUCAUAUUAUUAAACAGUAUAAAUUUCACACGGAAGGGUCGGGAACGGGAAUUUUUGGACAGUCAAGAAAGCAAGAAGAGAAGAAAACAAAUGGUUCUUUGCCAAGGACCAAACCACAAAUCCUAUGCAGCCGUAAGGUGUUCAUAGGGCCAUGUAAUUACACAUUUGAGGCACAGUGAAAAUGGGAAUUGUUUAGGGCUAUAGUUUUUUUUCCAUGUGACGUCUCAUUAUACUACACAACAACAAAUAUGUUGAUUGAAAUUGUGAAGGUAUUUAUUUAUAGAAGAAUAAGGGCAAUCCUAGCUGCUGUAGCAUAUCUCAA